AUGGGAGGGGCGCUCGGGCAAAAUCCGCGCGCAAAAGGAUUCUUGGGAUGGAACGAACUGGGUCUCGUGUCCGGGCCGAAAACCGUUGAUUCGUUGGGAGAGAAACCUGGCGAGCAAAUGGGAACUAAGGGUAAGGAUAGCUCGGGGUUUUACCCCGCGAUGGAGCCACGCACGGCCGGGGGCCCAGAUCAGGGGAGAAAAACAAGAAGAGGGAGAAAAGAGACAAGCCGUGACAAGGCGGGCUUGGCUGGUGGAGUUGAAAAUGGAGAGCCUCUUGGCAGUAAAUCUGGGGAAAUCUUGGCGGGGGAAAAUACACACAACAAAGAAGGAAUGGAACCAGUGUUUUCAGAUCACUCGAUGACAUCAGAUGAGCAAUUGGCAUGGCGAACGAUGCCCAAGCAGUGCGUGAUGAUGGCGUCCGGCCUGACUAAGGAAAUCCCCCGGUCACUCACUAUUUGCCCAGAAACUUUGGUUGAGGGGCGGCGUUAA